UGGAUCGUCCUAGAACUAGCUGAGAGAUAGAGGAGUGGCUUUGGAGAUAGGCGCCUGAAGUGUAGAGUUGGUCCUUAAGCGGUGUGUAACUAAUCUAUAUGGAAAGUCAUUUUUCUCUGAAAGCGGAGGGAAAGUCACCUGCGAGAAACAACGAAAGAAGCCUCUGUUUUAAACCAGAUGACAUCGUGAAACAAGCCGCUUCUUAUACGGACCAUAACGGAAAAGGAGCAACACAUUUAAGCCAAACCUCAGAUCUUAUGGCGUGUGGGUCUACAUAGGCGUCUAUGGGGAGGAAAUAGGACCGAAACCUCCAGCCCACGAGCCAGCAGCAGAGCGGAUAGCAUACAAUGCGCUGCUCUCGGUACCGAUCACUGUUGUGCCCUAGGCAUGAGGCUGAGACGGGCGGUCAUUAGCAUUUUGAUUAUCAUUUCCUUUCCCACCGAGCAUCACCCGCCAACAGAGGAAAAAGAGCUGACUCUUCUUAAAGUGGGAUGGGAGGAGGAUCGGUGUGCUUAGGUGGCUCUCCGAAUAGGCGGUGUUAUCGCUUGUUUCGCCUGAAUUCUGAAAGAGCACUAUAGUGUGUCCAGAAAUAGCCUGGCUGACACCUGCAGAGGAAAAUGCAUACAAGACAGUUAAAGGACAUCCAUGCAGUUGUAAACCCACUUCUUUUUAGCAUGUGUUCCACCAAAAUGGAUUAGAGCAUUGACUGCAUGGUUGUGGCUGACAUUUUGACUUUUCAACCCCCUCCCCCCACGGAGGCCUCUGAUGGUGCUGGUAGCAAGUGACUAUAGCUAGUAUUGGAAAUAGCCAAAAUGACAUCCCACCACACCAAAGUCAUGUAAACAGAGCUACGAAGAAGCAGGUGAAAAUCUGCAAUGGAUUCAUUGUUGACAUAAUCAGCAACAGAGAAGUAGUUGUGUGGAAUAGCAGCCAAAGUCAGUGCAAUUGUUUAUUAUCAGUAACAGUACUGUCAUUCAAAGUAUAGUUUAUUAUUAGGGCAUGGGAAAUAAUAACACUUUCCCACAGAAACCUUCAUUUUUCUAUGCAUCUGUUUGUCACAAAAUAUCCACAAGCAUCCUAGGAACAAUGAUUCUUAACCCAUAAUAUUAUUUAUCCAGUGGCCCAACACUAAUGCUAUGCUAUGCUAUGCUAUGCUAUGCUAUGCUAUGCUAUGCUAUGCUAUGCUAUGCUAUGCUAUGCUAUGCUAUGCUAUGCUAUGCUAUGCUAUCAUUAUUGCUUCCAGCACUCUCUUCAGAAGUAUAGCAUCUCAAGCCUUCCUGUGUACUGGGAAAAUGCAAUAGAAGACAUGGAUUUUGGUUCCUUUUGCAUAUUCAUAGGCUCAUCAAACUGGUUGGCUGUUCUUGAUUUCCCUCAUUCCCUAUCUAUGACUCUGAUACAGUAAUAUUGACAGCUCUGCCCCUUUCUCAUUUAACAGCAGGCUUCAGAUGCUUUGAAAGGACAAGGCAGCCAAGGUGAGUGUUUUAUGUCUGGGAACGGAAGAAAAGGCAUCAAUGUCAGGUAGUCUAUUGGUGGAGGGGUGCUGUAUUUUUUUUCCCCUUCUUAAAAGUUUGACUUUAUAUAUUUGCAAAUGUGCCUUUUUACAGUUUUUUUCUUGUAAAUUUAUUUUCUUUGUAUUAUUUUUAUAACUAUAGUUCUGAGGUUAGCUUUGAUCAAAGUUACCUUUGAUCAUUGGUCGCAUCUUAUUCGAUGUGACUCAAACCCUUAUCACCAGAUAUUUGGAGAGAAUAUUAAACUGGAAAAGGGUUCACUGUUAGGUACCUACAUAUUUGUCUUCAUUCAGAGGAGUAAAGCAAGGUAUGAAAGUGCAAGUAAUAAUUCAUAAAAUUAAUAUAGCCAAUGAGCACAAAUUAAGAGACUGAAUUAAUGUAUGUCAUAUUCCAAAGUAAUCACAUUCUUGGAAUCCAAUUCAGCAACGAGACUAUAGUGUUUUACAGAAAAAGUACUUAAAGGGAGUAGCAGAUACAUACAGAUUACCGAAAAAAAGUACUUUUUCAUUUUAGUGUCACAAAAUGUCAUCAUAAUACUGAUGGGAGCCAGUAAUACUUUUUUUGUGACUUUUGGAACAGAAAAAUCAAUAUACAACCUAGAUGUAGAUAAGGUCCAAUAAAAUGAACUUUUAAACCUGAUAAAAUAGAUGCAUUUGGAUCUAAUAUUCCUUGGACUUGAAAUUAGAGAAAUUAUUUGAUAUGGAUCCCCUGCAGGUUGGGGGUGCUCCCAAACUAUCGUUGUUAGCUGGAUACCUUGCUGACCCCAGUAUUUAUGACCAUCUAUUGUUAAUCUAUGUUGGUAUACAAGAUCUGCCCAUUUCUAGACAUGGCACUGGGCUACAGUAAUUCCUAUGUUAUACUCUCAAGAGGGAUGCCUUUAUUAUAGUAUUUGUUGCUGCUAUGGAGACUUUCGCUUAGUGCAAAGAAAACAUUACUGAAUUACUGGCUGACAUUCCUUACUGUGCACAUAUUGCAUUUGUGCUAAUAAUCUACAUGAGUGAUCAGUAUGGUAUUAAUUCAGCUUCAGCAUAUUGGGCAGGGAGAGAUAAAGGUAGUCAAGCUUGAUUUCUGGUAAUAUCAAUAUAGCCAUGAAUAGCUAUGCUUUCUUCUGGAUGUUUUUCAGUUCUCAAUCUAGCUUACACUCUUGGUAUUCUCUAGUAAUCUUCCAUCUGAGUACUGACCACACCAGUAAUCUAUUCUAAGCAAAUUCAUGAAUAGUUUAUGUUUACUUUAUUAGUGUUUCAAAUUCAUUAACAGAAAAGAAAUAUACAUGUGAAUAAUGCAAGAUAAUAUCAACUUUACCCCACAAAAAGGAGGGAAAAACUUGCAAAAUUACUAACAGUUUCCCCCCCAAAUGAUCAUGUUUUCUUCCUGUCCUAUUUGUCGAAAACUAAUCAAAACACACAGAGAAAUAAUAAUAAAAACUAAUGCAAAUAGUAAAUAUCAACAAUCCAUUUUUGUAUAUCUGUUUCCAAUGUUGUACAGGUAGUCCUCAAAGAAGUUACAAACUUCAUUAAAAAAAAGUAACUUCUGGCUGUUUUUCAACUUAUGAUUGUUGCAGCAUCCCCCUGUCACGUGAUCAAAAUUUAGGCACUUGGCAACUGGCAUGUAUUUGUGACAGAUGGACUCAUGUAAUCACAGUCUGCAACCUUCUCAGCUGGCUUCUGACAAGCAAAGUCAAUGGGGAAGCCAGAUUCACUGAACAAGCACGUUACUAAUGUAAUAACUAUGGUGAUUCACUUAACAACUGUGGCAAAAAAGAUUGUAAAAUGGGGCAAAACUCACUUGACAACUGCCUGGCUUAACAAGAGAAAAUUUAGGCUGUGUUGUGGCUAUUAAGUUGAGGACUACCUGAAUUAUACUUUUUUACCAGAUCCCAUGUCCAAGAUGUCCAGAAAUCUUGAUAAAUUCAAAAUACUAGGGAUAUAUCCAAGAAAAUAAAUUGAUAUAGUGAUAAUUCAAUUAAUCCCAUUACACUGUGAACCUGUUAGCAAAGAUUGUUUUCUUCAUAUUCAUCUGCAAGCCUCUCUUUAGGAAUGCUUUAAACAUACUAACUUGGGCAAGGUGUAACAUUUAAUCUACAAACACGUAGAUUAGCCUGCUCUGUUUUUCUUGCAGUAUUUUAACUGUAGAAUCCUCAGACCUGAUAGUUUGUACACUGACAGUUAAUUUCAUAUGUGUGUUUACAUACUAGAUAAUAUAUUUUAAUCUUUCUUUCUGCUUCAGAUUCUUGGCUAAUUAAAGUAUAAAAACAAAGUUUUUUAUUCACAAGGCACCUGUGCUCUCAAAAUCAAAAGUUGUAUUUUCCGCUCUAAUUGUCACUAUUUUGCCGGCUAUCAAUUCUUUGUCCUGAAAGAAGAAAGGGAGAUGAAUGUGAAUAGUAUUGCUAAUCAAUAUAAUUAUAUUCCUAGUUCUGUAUGUGUAGAUGAACAAAAAGGAGAGUUUUGCAUUGAAGGAAAUUAUUCUUUUCGCCCUCAUUAUGGAUCCAUAAUAUCACAUCUUCUUAAUCGGCCAGAAGUAAAUAGUGAGCUAGAUAUAAGCUUUCUUCUCCCCUCCUCACAGAAAACUGAACACCCAUCUUCUAGGAAAGCUAAUGCCAUGAGUCCAUUGCCUGCCUAUGGCUUUGGUAACACAAAUCAGUCCCAUAAUGAACAACUACAAGCUAAGAAGGCUAGAGUGGAAAAUAUUAUCCAGGGAAUGAAUAUCAUGUCAAACCCAAUAGUGUCUGGUACGCUGGAAGAACAGCAUCACCAAAAUUUUGAGAAAGGAAAGGAAAGCUAUAGGCAAAACAAGAGAAAACAGAAACUUCCUCAACAGCAAAGUUUGCCAGGAAUUUCCCUAACACGACCUCCUAGAAGCAGCAUCUCAGCAGAAGAAUUCCUUCAGCUGAAAAAACAGCUCCAUGCUUUGCAACAUCAGUUGAAGCAACUUGGAGAGAGGCUUCUUCAACAUGAUGUGGAAAAUGAUUCUAAUCUAAUCCAAGAAAGUAUAGAGAGAACUAUGGGCUUGUUGAAGAUGUAUGGUGGAAAGAUAGACACCAACAGUCAAGUGUUCUGUUGUGAUCAACAUAAAGAUUAUUUAUGGAACAGCACACCCAGAAUAAGAGAGCUUGUGCUGUCAGAGAAAGAAGAUAUAGGCAUUCAAAAUUUGGAGGAGAAAACGCUUUCAGAAAUAUUAAGACAAGAAUUAACACAGGUAAUGACACAUGCUGUAGAUUCAGUUUUGAAAAAGAUCUUGCCUAAAUCAUCGAGCCUUCAAUCUCAGUUGCCCAAUAAUUCCAUAGGGACAGCUGUUGGAAGAAAUAUACCCAGUAAAUGGCUUCCUAAGAUUUCUUCUCCUAAAGGUCCUAUAUCAUUAAUCACAGAAAAGUCUCCAGGCUUUCCUAUUCAUUCCACCCAAACAAAAAUGGAGAGAAAACCUUGCCAGGCACCAGAGAAUUACCCCUUGAUCUUGACCUCUGAAGUUCAAAAAAAUGGCAUUCUUAGUCAAAUGCUAUUCUGUGGUCAAAAAAGCCAUUGGGACAGUCCUCCUCCAAGAAUGGUAUCUCCUGAGUCUUUAGAAGUGCCAUGGCAACCAAUCAAACUGAAGUCAUCAGGCAUGAAACAACAAUAUCCACCUUCCCUGGGAAAUUUGGCUUCUCUUCCUUCUACAAACUCAAUGUUUGCUGAAAUGCAUGCCAUGGUGGAUGGAGUGUAUUUCUCAGCAAGAAAUAUCCAGGAAGCUUUGACCCCAGGCCAUCUGAAAAAGGCUAAACUGAUGUUCUUCUUCUCACGCUAUCCCACAUCUUCCCUGCUGAAGUCUUAUUUUCUAGAUAUACAGUUUACUCGCUGUAUCACCUCCCAGCUCAUCAAGUGGUUCAGCAAUUUCCGUGAAUUUUAUUAUAUCCAGAUGGAAAAAUUUGCAAGGCAAGCUCUCUUGGAAGGUAUUACAGAACUCAGUGAUCUUAUUGUUACCAGGGACUCUGAGCUCUUCCGGAUCCUUAAUGUCCAUUACAACAAAGGGAAUGAUUUUAAGGUUCCUGAUGGUUUCUUGGAUGUUGCCAAUCUGACCCUUCAGGAAUUCUUUACUGCUGUCAGAGCAGGGCGGGAUUUGGAUCCUUCCUGGAAAAAACCAAUUUACAAAAUAAUUUCCAAGCUUGAUAGUGAGAUUCCAGAUGUAUUUAAAUCCUCUAACUGCCCUAAGGAAUUCACCCAAGAUUAAUGUACAGUGGGCAUGGCAUGUGGCUGAUUCUACAUUCACUGCUGUGUAAGUUUUGACUGCAUACUAACACAGCAGUUGAAAUCUGAAUCAACAGAGAAGGCACGAUCAGUAAUAUUUUAUAAAUAUAUGAAAGGGACAUCAUGUGAUUGACUGCAGAAACCUUUUCUGCUGUAUCCCUCAGUUUUGUGUUUUAUUACUUAUUUAUUAAACAAACAUAUUUAUUAAGCAAACUGAUAUAGCUGCCCAUCUACCAAAAAGGAACACUGUGCAGCAACAGAAUAUAGUACUGUACACUAAAAAAAGAUCAUGGGGCCCCAAUAAAACUUGCAAUCAUUUAACCAUCUCCAUUUACUCCACCAUUGGAGCCAUCCUAGAUCCAGUGCCUUGGAGAAAAUCCAAGUCUUCAUUAUUUUUCUGAAGGCCAAUUGGGCUGGGGCCAUUGGUAUCUCUGGGUAGAGGCUGUUUCGUAAGUCAGGUGCCAUGCAGAGAAGGCAAGCUGCACUGAAGCCCUAGUAGGCAAUAUUGUUUCAUCAAGGAUUAUUUUCUACAAUCCUACUAAAUCUCCUUUGAAAGAGAAUGCUGAGCCAAGCUAUAGCAUGAUCAGUCAAUAGUAUGGGCCAAUAAAUGAUAAAUGCGAUGCAUUUUCUUGAAAUCUAUUGAAUUAAAUAUUUACAAGGUAAUACUUCUGUACAGUUAUCUAAUACAUCCAUAUAAGUUUUAUUUUUUUUUCUCAGAAUAUAUACCCAUAAAAUACUCUGUUGUCUCAAUCUGAUUGGAAUUUAGGCAUGCUCUAAUUUUCUUUGAUGGUCCUAACCAGUGCAUUUUUUCUAUAUAUAUAUAUAGAAAAAAAAAGGUGCCAGAACUCACACACGUCAUACAACCUGCCUUGCUUACCUUACAAGGUUCCAUCCAAAAAAGGUGCCGGAACUCUGUUCUGGGUGUUCUAUGAGAAAAAAAAGCCCUGGUCCUAACGGAAUUUACAGAACCCUUGGCACAACGAAUUAGCUACCUUUAGAAAACUAAUGUUUUAAAAAGAGGGUCAUGAUAUGUAUUAUUAAAUAGCAUCUACAUUAAUACCUUCUGGCACUCUUUCAAGAAAAAAUGUAUUCUUAUUAUGUUGAUGUCUGUCAUAUUCGUGUCUUCAUUUCAUUCUCAGGCCAUGAGUGAGACAACCUUAAGUCCUCCUUGAUUGUACCAGGGUUAAAAUACUAUUUCCCUCCUAAUUCUGGCAAAGCUCAAGCCUGAAGUUAUGUAACAUCUAUUUCCCUAAGGAGGGAAAUCAGAUGACCGGCAGGAUUGGAAAAGGCAACACUAGAGGCAUGAAAUGGAUAUGUAAUGGGGACAGCGGAUUUCAUGCUGAUAUAAAAAAAAUACUUACUGACUCAAAAUGGGUGACUAGAACUUUACCUCAACUGUGGAAAAAUACCUUUUGCUUUUACAGUUUCCUUUGUCUGCAUCUCAUUUCUGGCUCAUGUCUUCUUAACUGGAAGAGCUGGUAAGAGUAUGUCAUCUCCUAGAGAUUAGUAGUCCUUGCCUAAUUACUUUAAUUGGGAUCACGUGAUCAUCCUGCUGAGUGAUGGCAGUUCUGGUAGUCCUAGUUGUGGUCAUUAAAUUAAUCAUCUGCAGUCAUUAAGUAAGACAUCAUGACCGUGAUUUCAGACUUUCUACUUGCGUCCCCAUUGACUUGUGGGAAAGCAACUGGGAAGGUGCAAGUGGCAGUCAUAGGACACUGUGACAGUUGUAAGUGCGAGGACUGAGUUACCUUUUUCAGCAGUGUCUUAACUUCAGUCACUAAACGAAUGGCUGUUAAGUGAAGACAAUAUGUACUUAAGUUCUCCACUGAGAAAGAAUAUCAAAAUAAGCAAACAGUUUUCAUAACAAGAGGGAAACAUAUCGAGGAAUGAUCAGCCAUUACAAUAUUAUAAACAACUCUCACAUCUGCACAAAUGUUUCCUGUUUCAUCAGCUUUGUCUUAAAGCAACAAAUGAAUCUUCAUCCUUGUUGUUCAGUUGCUGUGUCUGAUUCUUUGCGAUUCCACGGCAUAGCAUGUCAGCCCCCUCUGUCCUCUACUGCCUCCCGGAAUUUGCUCAAAUUCAUGUUAUUGCGUUGAUGACACUAUCCAAGCAUCUCAUCCUCUGCCAUCCCUCUCUCUUUUUGCCCUCAAUUUUUCCAACACCAGGGUGUUUUCCUAUGAGUCCUCUCCUCUUAUUAGGUGGCCAAAGUAUUUGAGCUUUAGCUUCAGUAUCUGUCCUUCCAAAGAACAGUCAGGGUUGAUUUUCUUUAGGAAUCUGAAGAAGGAAAUGGCAACCCACUCCAGUGCCCUUGCCAAGAAAACUCCAUGGACAGUAGCAUCCUUAAGUUUGUAUAAAUUAAAGCGAUCUAUAGUAUAGAGUUAAUGCAGUAUUAGUAUCAAUGUAUUUCCAAUGUAUUUUUAGGAGCGUGAAAGCAGGACAGCAAUCUAAACUGAGCUGAUGAUACAGGAGAAGGCCUUUCUAAACCUCCCCCCUCCCUUUUCUCCGCACUGGAAACUGAGCAGUGAAAAGAAUCAGAAUGGAGACAGAUUAGGCUUUUCAUAAGUCUCAUCAAGCUACAGUAUUGCUAAAUAUGAUCUUGCUGAAGGUGAGUCACAGUGCAGGUGUGAUGCUGAAAGGUUCCCUUUUGCUAGAUUUGUGUGAGCAAGCAUAGAUAAGGUUGGAAAUUAUAUCUGGGUUGUUUUUUGUUUUGUUUUUUUGAGAAAAAACAAAAGAACUUAAGACUUGAUGCAUAUGAUUUAAUUUAAUCAUAUAAUGAAUAGUUUUUUAAACUUAUAUACUGCCCAUCUCUCAAUAACCCUGGUAGCUCGUAACAAUCGGACAAAAAUUGUUACAAAUUACAAUAAAAAACAAAAAGAAAAAAGACAAGCAUGAUGAAUUGAAGGGUUCCACCUUCCCUUGCCAAAAGAAAAGUCAGGAUGAAAGGGUGAAAAGUCAGGUCUUCAUGGCUUUUCUAAAGAACAGGAGGAGGGAGCACCUGGAUCUUGGGGAGAACCUUGUUCCAUAAGGCAGGUGCUACUUCAGAGGAGGCAUACUUCCAGGAUCCUGAAAAAUGACAUUAUUUAAUUGAACGGACCCAAAGAUAUCAAGGAUCACAUCCGCCAGGCAGAUAUAGCAGACGGACAGGUGUUCCCUCAAAUAACCAGGCCCUAUGGCAAUUGCCCAUUUCCCAAAAGGAUAAGAACAUAGGAAGCUGUUUUGUAUCAGGUCACACUAUCUGCCUAUCCGGUGCUGUAUUAUUUAAUUGAACAACAGUUUUCUGCAGCGUCAGUUGUUCCCUACAUUAAAACUAUCACAUAGUAUUUCAUUUAAACUGUGCAUUUGAAGUUUGUGCAUUUUGCUUCUCAAAUUCUCAU